CCGCCCCAGCUCGCUGCUCCCGGCGCUGUCGCCAUGGGCUCUGCUGCGCUGCUGCUGGCGGUGCUGCUGUUGCCGCUGGCGAUGGCCGCGGGCGGCCCGGAGGUGCGCAGCCUGCGGGGGAGCUGGCGGCUCCGCAGCGGGAACGGCUCGGUGUCGCUCCGAGCGGAGGUGCCGGGCUGCGUUCACACCGCGCUGCUCCGCCGGGGCCUCAUCCAGGAUCCAUACUAUAGAUUUAAUGAUGUGAUGUACAGAUGGAUCUCACUAGAUAACUGGACUUACAGCAGGACAUUCAAAACUCCUUUUGACGUCAGAAAGUGGCAGAAAGUGAAUUUGGUUUUUGAUGGAGUAGAUACAGUAGCGCAGAUCCUGCUGAACAAUGUCACACUCGGGACAACAGACAACAUGUUCAACAGAUAUAGCUUUGAUAUUACCAGUGUGAUCCAGGAGGUCAAUUUUGUUGAAGUCCGUUUCUUGUCAGCUGUUUUAUAUGCAGCAGAGCAGAGCAGAUGUCACAAAGCACACAGCAUCCCCCCGGCGUGCCCUCCACCUGUGCAGAAUGGAGAGUGCCAUGUUAAUUUCAUCAGAAAGGAGCAAUGUUCAUUUAGUUGGGAUUGGGGCCCUUCUUUUCCCACUCAAGGAAUCUGGAAAGAUGUUAGGAUUGAGGCCUAUAACUAUUAUCACCUGAUUUACUUUUCUGUCACUCCUUUCUUUGUAAAGAGUGCUCAGCAGUGGUGUCUUGAAGUCGAGUCUAUUUUUGAUGUAGUCAGCUUUAAGCCAAUUGCAGGUCUUGUGACUGUGAACAUUCCCAAGUUACAAACACAGCAAACAUUCAGUGUGAAGCUUCAACCUGGAGAAGGCAGCAUUGUGCUGCCUGUAAACAUCAACAAGAGUGCUGCAGUGGAGGCUUGGUGGCCAAAUGGACAUGGAAAUCAAACUGGAUACAACAUGACAACAACUUUCAUGAUGGAGGCAGGAUGCCAGAUUGAGAAGUUUUCAAAGGUUUAUUUUCGGACAGUAGAACUUGUUCAGGAGCCUAUUCCUGGCUCACCAGGUCUGAGUUUCUACUUCAGAAUCAAUGGCCGACCCAUUUUUAUUAAGGGCUCAAACUGGAUUCCAGCAGAUUCUUUCCAGGACAGAGUGACCUAUGACACACUAAGGCUACUGUUGAAGUCUGCAGCAGAUGCUAACAUGAAUGCCCUUCGGGUUUGGGGAGGAGGAGUGUAUGAACAAGAUGAAUUUUACGAUAUUUGUGAUGAAAUAGGAAUAAUGAUUUGGCAGGAUUUUAUGUUUGCAUGUGCGCUGUAUCCAACCAACCAGAAUUACUUGGAAUCCGUAAGAGCAGAAGUUUCUCAUCAGGUACGACGCUUAAAAUCUCAUCCAUCAAUUAUUCUGUGGAGCGGUAACAAUGAAAAUGAGGCAGCAAUUGCAAGCAACUGGUUCUCCAUACCUUAUCCUGACAUAGGAGCCUAUAUCAAAGACUACGUGACCCUUUAUGUGAACAACAUACGUGAAAUAGUUCUUAGUGAAGAUAAGAGUCGUCCUUUUGUUGCAUCCAGUCCCACCAAUGGCUUGGAGUCAGUUAAAGAAGGCUGGCUUUCCAGGGAUCCUUACGACACCCAUUAUGGUGACACACACUUCUAUGACUACAACAGUGACUGCUGGAACUGGACAGUGUAUCCUAAAACUCGUUUUGCUUCCGAGUAUGGAUUUCAAUCCUGGCCUUCCUUCAGUACAAUUGAAAAGGUUUCCUCCCCUGAGGACUGGUCCUACACAAGCAAUUUUUCUCUCCAUCGGCAGCACCAUGAUGGUGGCAAUAUUCAGAUGCUUCAAGAGAUUAGGCGUCAUUUCAAGCUUCCCCAGAGCCCAGAUCCUGUAAAACAAUUGAAAGAUAUUAUCUACCUCACUCAGGUGAUGCAAGCUCAGUGUGUAAAGACAGAAACUGAAUUCUAUCGUUUUAGUCAAAGUGAAAUAAUCAAUGGAGAAGGACACACAAUGGGAGCUCUGUACUGGCAACUCAAUGACAUUUGGCAGGCUCCUUCAUGGGCUUCCUUGGAGUAUGGUGGUAAGUGGAAACUGCUCCAUUAUUUUGCCCAGAACUUCUUUGCACCACUGCUGCCUGUGGCCUAUGAAGACAAAGGGAUGUUGCACAUUCAUGGUGUCUCAGAUCUUCAUGAAGACCACAAGCUGACUUUGAGGGUUGUUGUGCACGCCUGGAGCUCUUUGGAGCCCAUAUGCACCCUCGCCAAAGAAGGUGUGGCUGUUAAAGCUCAGAGUGCUGUCCCCAUCUACAAGGAGUCCAUCAGUGACCUUCUGGAAAGAUGCAGAAAUUGUACCAGGAAAAGCUGUAUUAUAACUUUCUGUCUCGUGGGAAAAGAUGGGCUCCAGAGUCCUACAAACCAUUACUUCCUUUCAUCACUCAAGGAUGCUGUGGGAUUAGAAAAGACCCAGCUUAGUGCCUCUAUAUCCCAACAAGAUGAUAUUUAUAUAUUUGUUCUUCAGACCACUGCAAUCGCUCCUUUUGUUACUCUGGAUGUAGGGAGUAUAAAAGGCAGAUUUAGCGAUAAUGGUUUCCUCAUGACUGAAAAGAAGAAAAUGGUUGUGUUUUAUCCUUGGGAACCUACCAGUGUUGAAGAACUAGAAAGUUCACUAAUCUUGACGUCUCUACUGGAUUUUGUCUGAGAAUACUUCAUUUCCUUACAGAUAAAGAGUGAAAAAGCAGGAGAAAAAAAAAUUAGAAGAAUUUGACUGAAGUUGCAGUGACAUACACUUUGAGUUGGAUGAAGAGCAUACUGUCUGUUCCUGUCAUGUGAAUUUUAACUGCUGGUUCAAUGUAAAGAUACCAACUGCAAAGCUUACGUAUAAUAUAUGUGAUGUAUUGAAAGCACAUCCGUAUUUUUUUUCUAGCCUCACUAUGCAGUAAGUGGAAAUUCAUUUUAGGAUAACAGCAAGGUAUGCUGGGGAUGAGGGAGAGGGAUGGGGAGUGAAGCUGCAACUACUGCCAGUAGGCCACUGAGCCACUUCAUGGGCAGGUUGCUAAACACGGGGCUUGUCUGUCAGACAUGGUUUGAAAUGCAGCUGGGAUCUUGCUGGCAUUCCACAAAGAUACUCUGUCCACCCAAGCAAAUAUUAAUUUUCUUGCAAAGCAGAAUCAGCAUCACAGCAGGUGGAGUUUGAACAAGCUCUGCCACUGAUGUCCAUUGGUGUUGUAAAAGCAGCAUGUGGGCGAUACUUGCUGCUGCUGGUGGUGGGGUUCUGGAGCACAUGGUGGGGAGCAGCUGUGUGUUCCAUUGGAGAACUCAGGCUGGGGGUCAAUCUCAGUUGUGAUCACAGUUUUAACGGGCAGAGAGAUGAGCAUAUUGACUGAUACUUUGGUGUUAACCAAAACUGACAUACUCUUUUGCCAGAGGAAGAACUUAGAGAAGAAAGGGAAAUGAUAAAUGAGAGUUUCUUACAGAUGCUUUAUUGGAUCACCAAAACAACUAACUCCAGUUGCAUCUGAUUCAAAACUCUAGUCCUAGUCAAAAGAAGACAUUAAAACAAUCACAAUAUGGAUGUGUAUGUGCCAAUGUUUAUAGAUUUUGUAAAAUAAAUAGGGAAAAUGAUAGUCAUGAGUACAAUUUCAUAAAUAUAGGCAGUGACAAAGGAAGUUAAAAGCUAUUCUGAGGGGAAUCAUGGGCCAGCAAUACCAGAAAAAUUCUUCAGUUUCUUUUGUGGUCUGGAAUCAAAGUAGCAAUAAAGUCAAUAUAAGGUAAGAAUGAAAAAAUGUGGAGAAAAUAUGAUUAAUAUGUACUGCUGCAGUGUAUUACAAAAAGGGCAAGUUUGUUGAUGUCUUUCUUACAUUGAUGGAGAAAUGUCUCUUCCAGCAACAUCUAGGUAGCAUUUCAAAAUGUCACUUAAUAGUGUUAAAUAAAUAAAACUUUGGAGGAAUCACUUGUUUAAAGACAAUCACAAGGCCUGUCUGGAGGUUGGUGAUAUUUGUUUAUCUCAGCAUAUGAGUGAAGUUUGAGAUAGGUAGAAAAGAGCUUUUGGAUUGCUAGAAGAAAACCCCACAAAUUUGGGUAACUCUGACUUUGUUUAGUCUGUCACAACUUUUAGGCAAAAUUAUGAAAGAAGUUAUGUGGUACAUGAUUAAUAAGUGAUGAAGUGGCUAUGCAACUAAUGUCUAUUAGCACUGUUAUAUAGAACACCAUUCUUUUAUUUUUUUUCCUGUUGCUUUCUGCAAUAACCAGAUUGACAUAGCAAGGUUUGGACAAUUUUUUAAAUUAUCGCUGUUUUUGAAGGUCAGAAGCUCCCUAAGGAGUAGAUCCAUUCUUUUUCACUGAAAGUCUUUAAUUCAGCACUAGGUGCCAUUAUGGAAGAUUAGUAAUUGCUUAAGCCAAAUGCUUGAACUCAAAACAGAAUUUGAAGGUGAAGGUUGACUUCCAUUAUUGUUUUAAUAUCCUCAAUAUGUUCUUUUGGUUUCCUGGUGUUGUAAUAGAUGUGUAUUUAUAGAAGUUCUCCUGCCAUGCGGCAGCGAUUGUAAAGUGUGCUUUGGUUAACCAUUUCCCCUUGGUAGUUUUGCAGUGGUGUCCUGUGCUAUUCUUAGUUACAUUGUUCUGCCUUUGUCUCAGAUCAGGGCAGAGAUAAGAAGGCAGCACUGGUACCCCCACACUCCUGUGGACACGUCCAUCUUGCCAGCUGAGUGUUGUUACAGCUUCAGCAGCACCUGUGCUGCCAGUUCUAUCUGAUGGGGCUCUGGCAGCAGGAGCAUUUGGAAUCUUUUGAAGCCAGCAAAAGUUUGGACUGUGCCAUUGGCCAUUGCUCUAGAUGUGCUUUAUUUCAAGACAUGAUCAUCCAGAAGCUGUGGAUGGUAGGAGUGACAACCAGGUUACUGAAGAUGGAGCUGAGCCAAGAACUACCCUGUCAACACUCUGUGCAACAAAAAUUGGCUAGGUGUGACAAUGGUGCAAUGCCCCUCUUGGCUUUUUCAUCUUGAACUCUGAUGCCUGCUCUGUUUAGUUGGACCAGCAUCAAAAACAGGACACUCACCAUCUCAGAACUGAUGUCAGAUAAGAAGAAACACCACUGAUGAACCCAGCCACUACAGGUGAUUCUAGAUUUCUUCUUAAGACAAACACUUGAAGAGCUUUCAUCUACCAAGUUCCCAGAAUAGGAACAAGUCAGUAGCAUCUAUCACCUGUGCAGGAUCCAUGGCUGGAGUGCCUGACUGCAAGAGCUGAAACUGAAGGUACACUGUGGGAUCAGUGUGAGUAAAACAGCUGUGGUAUCUUAACAGUUCAGUGUUGUUCUAAACAAACAUCUUAAAUAAACAAUGUGAUGCACUCCAUGUUGCAGAGGGAGCAGAACCCCUCUUACCCUUCAAGAUGACUCUAAAGGUUCAAUAUGUGCAAUAUGUGUACAAGCACAUUUUUGCAUGGGUGUGAAGGUUUAUUCUAUGACUGACCAACAGUUUUCUAUAGAGAAUAAACUGGCAAUGUUAGACUGGAA